UUCAUUUUGCUGUAUUAGAGCUAUUCACGUUUUUUUCAUGUCAACCUCACACUUACAAAUAAAAUUCGAUAUCGAGUUUGAAUAUUGAAAUUUUUUGUAGUUAUAAAUAAAAAUUUUCAUUAUUUAUUUGGAGAUAUUGAUUUUGAAUAUCGAAAUUUUUGAUUUGAUUUUGUAGUACGAUGGCGGAUCGAGUAUAUCCUAUGGAUUUACCAUCAUCAUCAAGUAAUCCACCGUCUUCAAACAAUUCCGGCGAAGUAGUUUCACCGAAAAAACCAUCAUUUCCAUCUCCGGCGAAACCUAUACAACCUCCGGCGGGGACUUACGUAGUUCAAGUUCCGAAGGAUCAAAUUUACAAGUAUCCUCCACCGGAGAAUUCUCGCCGGUAUGAGUCGCUUACUAAGCGGAAACCUCGCCGGAGCUUCUGCUGUCGUUGUCUCUGCUUCACUUUCUCUGUUCUACUUUUUCUCAUUAUAUCAAUCGGAAUCACCGCCGGAGUUCUCUUCCUUGUUUACCGCCCUGAAGCACCAAAAUACACCAUUUCCAGCAUCGCGAUUAAGAAUUUCAACGUCACGGCGUCGUCUAAGAUCUCGCCGGAGUUUGACAUUUCUGUCAGAUCUGAAAAUCCGAACAACAAAUUAGGGAUUUACUACCGGAAAGGAAGUUCUGUUACAGUGGUUUACUCCGGCGUGGAUCUAUCCGCCGGUGUAUUGCCGGCGUUUUAUCAGCCGGCGAAUAAUGUAACGGUUUUUCAAACGGCGUUAAAGGGUUCAGACGUUGUACUUGGAAACGCCGUUAAAUCGACGUUAAGAAAUGAACAGAGAAAAGGGAAAGUGCCGUUUAGAGUGAAUAUUAGAGCGCCGGUUAAGAUUAAGAUUGGGGCCGUUAAGACGUGGGAAGUUAUCGUUAAAGUUAAGUGUGAUUUAACGGUGAAUGUUUUGACCGUUAAGUCGAAAUUGGUAUCUAAAGACUGUGAUUAUAGUGUGAGGCUUUGGUAGAGGGUUUAAAGUUUAAUAACGUUUUAAAUUUGAUUUUUUAUUAUUAUUAGUAUAAUACUAUAUACUAAAAAACAUAAUGUAGAAAUUAUGUAAUACUUUUUUCUCUUUUGGUUUUGAGAAAAAUGCUUGUAUUUUUAUAGACUUGAAAAAUGUUAGUUAAUUCAUUUAUAGAGAAGUUGAACAUUG